GCCCCGCGGCUGGGUGGUGGUAGUAGAUCCCGUAAGUCUGGUGUGGGCCGGUGAGUUGCUGCUGCUCCCUCAGCCAGCCGCCGCCACAUUCAACAGGCAGCAGGAGCCCGAGCAGCAGCCGCCGCCGCCUCCGCACCACCGUACGAGCAGUGAAGGCGCCGCCGCCGCCGCCGCACAGCCGCCGCCUUCCGCGCUCACUAUCUGGAUACCUUUGCCGCGGAUUCUGUCCCCUUUUCGGUCGCGGCCGAAUCGAACCUGCUGUCCGGCGGCCACUGCCAUUGCCAUUGCCACUGCGGUCGCCGGAGCAGCAGCAACAGCGGCAAGCCGCCUCCGUCGCCGCAGCCCGGGGGAAGCUUAGGCAUUUAUUAAUAAGCCCACGAAGUUAAGUUCUGGUUUCUCUCUCCCCCGGCCCCUAGCUUCUCUUCCGCCCCCCCACCCCCCUUUCCUACCCCCCCGCUUUCCCCUCCCCCACCCCCAGCCCAGUAUUUAAAUCCCGAGAAGUCCCCUCCCCCACCCCCUUCCUCUGGUUUCUCUCUUUUUCGCUCUCUUGUGGCCGGGGGGAGGGGAGGGGGUCACCAUGGCCGAAGCGCCUCAGGUAGUGGAGAUCGACCCGGACUUCGAGCCACUGCCUCGGCCUCGGUCGUGCACUUGGCCCCUUCCCAGACCGGAGUUUAACCAGUCGACUUCGGCCACCUCCAGUCCGGCCCCCUCCGGAGGCGGCGGCGGCGGCGGCGGCGGGGGGACAGGGAAUCCCGGGGAUGCCGCGUCCGCCGCCUCGGCCGCUGUCAGCUCCGACUUCAUCAGCAAUCUGAGCCUCCUGGAGGAGAGCGAGGACUUCGAACAGCCCUCGGGUCCCGUGGCGGCGGCGGCGGCGGCCGUGGCUGCGGCGGCGGCUGCGGCGGCGGCGGCCGGAUUGUGCGCGGACUUUCAGUGUCCGGAGACCACCUGCCUGCAGCAGCCCCAGCAGCAGCCCCAGCAGCCGCAGCAGCCCGGGCCCCUCCAGCAGCACCCGCCCGUCCCUCCGGCCUCGGCAGGGCCCCUGGCCGGGCAGCCCCGCAAGAGCAGCUCGUCCCGGCGCAACGCCUGGGGCAACCUGUCCUACGCCGACCUGAUCACCAAGGCCAUCGAGAGCUCCGCCGAGAAGCGGCUCACUCUGUCCCAGAUCUACGAGUGGAUGGUGAAGAGCGUUCCCUACUUCAAGGAUAAGGGGGACAGCAACAGCUCUGCGGGCUGGAAGAACUCGAUUCGUCACAAUCUGUCCCUGCAUAGCAAGUUUAUCCGAGUGCAGAAUGAAGGAACUGGGAAAAGCUCCUGGUGGAUGCUUAAUCCAGAGGGAGGAAAGAGUGGGAAAUCUCCUCGGAGAAGAGCCGCUUCCAUGGAUAACAACAGCAAAUUUGCUAAAAGCCGAGGCCGAGCAGCCAAGAAAAAAGCCUCUCUCCAGUCUGGCCAGGAAGGUAACGGUGACAGCCCCGGACCACAGUUUUCCAAGUGGCCCGCCAGCCCCAGCUCUCACAGCAACGAUGACUUUGAUAACUGGAGUACAUUUCGCCCUCGCACUAGCUCGAACGCUAGCACGAUUAGCGGAAGGCUGUCUCCCAUCAUGACUGAACAGGAUGAUCUUGGGGAUGGGGAUGUACACUCAAUGGUCUACCCUUCAUCAACCACUAAGAUGGCUUCUACCUUGCCCAGUCUGUCAGAGAUAAGCAACCCCGAAAACAUGGAAAACCUCUUGGAUAAUCUCAACCUUUUGUCGUCGCCUACAUCCUUAACUGUGUCCACCCAGUCUUCGCCUGCUGCAAUGAUGCAGCAGACGCCCUGCUAUUCGUUUGCACCGCCGAAUACGAGCAUGAAUUCACCGAGCCCCAAUUACCAAAAAUAUACUUACGGCCAGUCCGCCAUGAACCCGUUGCCCCAGAUGCCUAUGCAAACCCUCCAAGAUAAUAAGGCGAGUUACGGGAGUAUGAGCCAGUAUAACUGCCCCGCGGGCCUUCUGAAGGAACUGCUCACGUCCGACUCCCCUCCUCACAACGACAUCCUGACGCCUGUGGACACAGGCGUGGCUCAGCCCAGCAGUCGGGUCAUGAGCCAGAUGAUGGGGCCGAGCUCGGUGAUGCCGGCCUAUGGUAACCAAGCAUCCCAUAACAAAAUGAUGAGUCCCAAUCCCCACCCACACCCGGGACACUCUCCACAGGCGAACGCUGUCAACGGGCGGGCCCUGCCCCACACGGUGAACACCAUGUCUCACUCUUCGGGCCUAAACCGCCUGACCCCCGUGAAACCAUUAUUGCAAGUGCCUCUGACUCAUCCCAUGCAGAUGAAUGCCAUGGGCCCGUACCCUACUGUGAACAGUUGCAAUGGUUAUGGAAGGAUGGGCCUUCUCCACCAGGAGAAGCUCCCCAGUGACUUAGAUGGCAUGUUUAUUGAAGGCUUGGACUGUGACAUGGAGUCCAUCAUCCGUAACGACCUCAUGGACGGAGACACGUUAGAUUUUAACUUUGACAAUGUGUUGCCUAACCAAAGUUUUCCGCACAGUGUAAAGACAACUACACAUAGCUGGGUGUCGGGCUAGGAGUUAGUGAGCAGGCUACACUUAAAAGUACUUCAGAUUUGUCUGACAGCAGGAACUGAGAAAAGCAGUCCAAAGAUGUCCUUCACCCUCGUUUUAGUUUUCUUGAUAGAAAAAAACAAACCAACACAACGCAACAAAAAAGCAAAAAUCCAUGUUCCUUUUUUUUCCUUUCGUCAGACUUGGCAGCAAAGAUACUUUUCCUGUACAGGAUGUUUGCCCAAUGUUUGCAGGUUAUGUGCUGCUGUAGAUAAGGACUGUGCCAUUGGAGAUUUCAUUCAUUACAAUGAAGUGCCAAACUCACUACACCAUAUAAUCACAGAAUAGACUUUAAGAUCACGUAGAGCUUUGGAGUUUUGUAUAUAAGCAGUAGAUAAAGAAUCUUGUGUGUGUGUGUGUGUGUGUGUGUGUGUGUGUGUGUGUGUGUGUGUUUAUAUGUUUUUGUUUUUUAAGAAUAUCCAUUUGGUCCAAGGAAAGUUUAUACUCUUUUUGUAAUGCCGUGAUGGUCUAUGCCCUAAGUAAGUUACACCUUUUUUUUGUUUGUACUACCUAUGUUCCUCUGAACUGAACUGAUGACUCACAGUGAAACAAGAUCUCCAUUCAACGGCUUCAAGAUGGCUUCGGACUUUAUUCAUGUUGCCACAUAAUUCAUUUAAGAACGAAAUAUCCUGUUAGGAAUCAGCUGUGUUAAUUGACUUAUCAAUGGUUUUGAAACAAUAGAUUAAAUACCACAUCACACAGGUCUUUUCUAUUGUUUGGGCUUUUUUUUUUUUUUAAUUGUUGAUGGGGUGGGUAGCACAUUGGUGCACACAUUUAAAUGGUUCUGAUUUCCAGAUGAAUGAUUUUUAUUGCUGUUGGGACUUGAGAUAAUUUUUUUUGGGGGGGAGGGGGGAAUAGAUAUUGAACUUUAAUGUUUUCUUAAAAUUAGAGUCUACUUUGUUACAUAGUCAGCUUGUAAAUUUACGGAAUCACAGGUAUUGGGCAGCAUUCAUAAUGUUCGUUUUGAAUUUUUAACUGGAGUAGUACUAAUUUUAUAUGUGCUCAACUGGUUUGUACACUUUGGGAUGCUAUUUGGUGAUAUUUCCAUGACUAAUCUAAAAAGAAAUGGAGUCAUAAUUAGGAUCUUGAAUACUAAGCAUUUCUGUUCUAUUUUUGGGAUAGAAAAGUGAUGUAUAGUUAUAGACACUUGACAUUUCAUGUUUAGGAGGAUCUACUCUGCUUUUAUAUAUACAUUUUUAGAAACUUCAUCUGCUUCUCUUUCCAUGUUAACAAUGAGUACCACAAAGUGUUAAGUAUUCUUUGAUAGAUGCUUGUAUGAUGCUUCAUCACCUUUAUUUCCUAGAGGUCUCAUCAUGUUUUAGACCAGGAAAGGGGGGAUGCAGGACCUUCAUCUAAAAGGCCAUAGAGUCAGAGAUCUCAAGCAGAAAGAAACCCCAGAGGAUCCAAUGGAAUUCAGCUCUCUGCUUUAACAAAUGGGAACUCGAGGCAGAGGGAAGUAAAACAAUUUGACCAGGAUCACGUAGCCAGUCAACAUUGGAGAUAGAAUCUGGACCCAGGUCUUUGCCUUCAGAACCAGCAUUUUUUUCUUCCUCAGUACCACAUUGCAAUCUUAUUUUUACAAACUGGAGUUUACAAAAAAAAAAAAAAAAAAGUUAGCGUUCAGUUUAGCUUUAAAAAAAAAGUGUCAAAUAUUUUAAUUAUGACCUCCUGCCCCCCCAUGUUUGCUGUAUUCCAAAAGGUUGGGACUGUAGUCCUUCCUUGAUGUUUUGUUUACACACGUGCGUGCUUGCAUGCACACACAUACACACACACACACACACACACACACACACACACGCCCUUCUUUCUUUUCCUCAGAUCACUUAGUGUACUAUACACAUUAAUUUUGGGGUGAGAAUUUUUAAAUGGAACAAUACUGAUUAUUCAUAAUACAGGUGGGUUUUAAUUACUACACCAACACUAAAAGGAAAUUGUUUCAGAAUCUCUAAUUCAUGCCUCUUAAAAAGAAAAAGUCUUUGUACAAGUGAAGAAUUUGAAGAUUUCUUCAGCUUUAAGUCACUUAAUUCACCAUUCCCAUCACUAUAUUUUAACACUUUCUAAUUACCUGUAACUUGUAGGCUAAGUUAAUUGGAGCUUGAGUCCCAUUUAGUCAAUCAGUAUUUUCAAGUCAUUCUUUGAAUGUUCCAAGACAACAAAAUAAAAGACCAGGUGCAGAGCAGUGUUCAUUUUGGCUUGUUAGGAACACUGAUUUCUUUGCAUUUGUCUGUGUAUUUAGCCCAAAUCACACUUGCUUUGUCUUGCAUGUUAAUUGCAUCUCUCUUGGCUUUUCUCAGCCUUUCAACUAUACUAAACAAAAAUGCAGCUACUGUAGAUGAUAGACAGUCUAUAGGCCGGCUCUGUUAUAGGCCCCCCACUGUGGCAUUCACCAUCCGAGGCGUUGAUGAUCUCAAGGCAUGGAAAAGCCUUCCAUCCACCAUACAUAGCUAUCUCCAUUGAUGGCCACUUCAGAAAUUGGUCUCCCCAUCUGCUGAGUACUACAAUAUUUGCAGUGUGCCUGUUUGCUUAUUUUAAACCUUAGCUCUCCUAAUUAGUAGCCUUACUCUAUCAAAUAUAAUCUGUUAAGCCAUGGUGCCAAAGUAUCUCUUAAAUUUUAUAUUCCUUGCACCACCGUAUUACUAUUUUACCACAAUACACACUUCCCUCCUCCCACCAUAGCAUGAACCAAAACAAACAAAUAAAUACAUAAAACCAUUCCUUUAAUUAGAGAGGCAACUAAAAUUACUUUGUGAACUUUUUUGACUACUGGGUAUACUGAUAUACUUUUUUUUCCCUACUUUCUUGGGCCUAUAUCUUUGAAUGACUUUUUCUCUUACAAUUUGUGUCAAAUUUCUGAUACUGAUCCUAUACAACUCUGGGAUACCAUGAAGUCUGAUGAAGGGCAUUUUGUCUGUUUUGAUAGCAAACAUUAUGUGACCUCUAGUAAUUUUUUUUUUCAGUUAAGAAUACUGAAUUUCUGGAAUAAUUUAGUUUUGUCAAUUAUUGUAAAUGAUUGCUUUGUGAAAUGUGCAAAUGAUCUUACCUAUGCAGCCAUGUUUGAUUUAUUUUCUCUGGUUUGUACUGUUAUUAAAAGUAUAUUGUAUUAUAGAACUAUUGAGAUAUUUUAAAUAUAAAGAUGUAUUGUUUCUGUAAUAGAUGUAUGGAAUAUAUUUAGGUAGUAAAUGCAUUAAUUGGAAAGCUCUGCUUUAGCAAACUGACAAAAUGCUUAAGUUGAUAAGCAAAAGUUGUAACCUAAAAAGUGGUAAAUGAACAGAGCAUCCCUAAGAAGAGGACGGGAAAUCUAAAAUUGGACCAAUUUUCAAACAGUAUAAAAUUUGCACUUGUUAAACCACUGGAUGUAUGUUAUCAGUACUUUCUCCCUUCCCUUUCCCCUUCAUCAUCCUUUUAUUUGAAAUUCUUCCUUUCAACUCUUUGGUUUCUUAAUUUAUAACUAAUUUUAAAUAAGGUGAAUCCUUGUGUUGUUUUGUUUUCAUUUUGGUAGUCAUUAUGUAUAAAAGCAGCAUGGUUUAUGCAAACAAAACACAACGUGGCAUUAAAACUGGCCUCCAACUUGAGGGUGUUCCAUAGACCAGCAAUAUCACCAAGGGUAAGCAUAGAAACUCAUUGGCUCAUGGUGGUGGUCACAGCCUCCAUCUCACCACUCUGGUUCAGUAACAUUGCAGACUUCAAGUUCAUACUUAGCUAUUUUCUGAGAAGUGCCUGAUGAUGAUGUACUUACAGACACAAGAACAAUCUUUGCUAUUAUUGUAUAAAGCCAUAAAUGUAUAUAAAUUAUGUUAAAGUA